AACUAUUCAUUACUCAUAUUUGGAACAUUUUGAUAACAUGCUGUAUUCAUAUGUCAAUAUAUUUUCACGAGCGCUCACAACUUGUCGAAUAAAGUAAAGUAGUAAUUGUUAUGUGGAGUUGUAGUAGUGCACACGCGAAUGAUAACAGUUGACGGAGAUAGUGUAAGUGUUUGUUUACUGAUUAAACUAAUACAGAUAACCCGUGGCAAUGGACGAAUAAUUUACGAUAAAAACUUCAAGACUACACUCAAUUUUGAACCUUUCACAUUUGGUAUACGGUUUGAAUUGGAACAGCAAGAUGGAGAAAACGAAGCCUUCAGCGCCUCCUAUUCACACCAUAUCUGACAACUAUAGCUCAAAAAUCGAGCUAGCUUACAAUGGAUCUAGAGAAGACUUGGAUCCUUACAUACCAUCUGCGCACAGACCUAUCGGAUCGAAUACUUCGAGUUUUGGUGCCUUAGCUCACUUGCUGAAAGCAUCUCUCGGAUCUGGAGUGCUGGCGAUGCCUCUCGCCUUCAAAAACGCUGGUCUUGUGGUCGGCAGCAUCGGAACCCUCAUCAUCGGCUUCGUGUGUUGUCAUGUUAUACAUGUCCUGGUAAAAACGUCACAGCAGCUAUGUGUGGAACUUAAAAGGCCAUCGCUGGGAUACGCGGAUACUUGUGACUUAGUAUUCCAACACGGACCGAAACCAGUGAGGAAGUUUGCACCGUUCGCUCGGGAGCUUGCAGAUUGGGCGUUAGCAUUAACACACAUGGGUGCCUGCUGUGUUUAUGUUGUGGUCAUUGCGGAAUCAUUUAGACAAGUAUCAGUAGUCUACGGAGGUCCAAACUGGUCGGUGACAGUGUACUGCGGGCUGACCCUCGUGGUACUGAUACCGCUCACUCAGAUCACCAAACUGAAGUACUUGGUGCCGUUCUCAGCGCUCGCGAACUUCGUGUGGCUCGGAUCUAUCUGUAUCUCCAUAUACUACUGCUUGAAAGACCAGCCCAGGAUCGCUGAUAGGAACCUGGUUACCUCCAUCAGUGGGAUCCCUACGUUUAUUAGUACAAGUCUGUUCGCGAUGGAGGGUAUUGGCGUGGUGAUGCCCAUUGAGAACGAGAUGAAGAAGCCACAGCACUUCCUGGGUUGUCCAGGAGUCCUGAAUGUGGCCAUGACAGCCAUUGCCGUGAUGUACGGCUUCGUCGGAUUCACUGGCUACCUGAAGUUUGGAGAGGAAGUCAGGGGAAGCUUGACACUUAAUUUGCCGCAGGAUGAAGUUCUGGCGCAAACGGCGAAGAUCUUGGUGGCCUGUGUGAUGCUGCUGUCCUUCGCUCUUGUAUACUACGUACCAGUUGACGUCGUGUGGAGGAAGGUGCAGGACAAGAUCCCUGCGCGAGGACACCGGUGGGCCUUGGCUGGUGUCAGAUUCGUUGGCGCGUGUUUCUUAGUGGGAAUCGCCAGCGCCGUACCAAGACUGGAACUCUUCAUGGAGCUGGUGGGAGCCGUGUGCCUGUCCGUCAUGGGGCUCCUCCUCCCAGCCAUCGUGGAGACCGUCUGGCGGUGGAACAAGGACGUAACCCUUUGGUCCUUCGUCGUCUGGAAGAACGUCGUCAUAGGAGUCUUCUCCCUGGUGGCCAUGUUCUCCGGAGUCACGUAUGCCAUCAUGGCAAUAGUUGAAGAACUGUGAUUUUAUAGCUAUAUUUAUGUUAUUCCAUUCUCAUUGACGUAUUAUAACUCUCGCUGUAAAUAAUUUAAUAAAGUAUUUAAUUUUU